GUGAACGGCACAAGCAGAGAGCGAGAACGAGAGACACAGAGGGAUAGACCAAGAAAGAGAAGAAGGAGGGAAAGAAAGGUCUUGUUCUGUCAGCCAUGGGUCCUUGGACACGAACCACCGCUGAGAAAUAUGGCGUCGCCAAGUGGAACUUCACUGCCAAGCAUGAGAAGCAGCUGUCCCUGGAGGUGGGGGACACCGUCCACAUCCAAAUGGCCUGCGAAGGUUGGUACAAGGGGUACUUGGCAAAGAACAAGGACAUGCAGGGUGCAUUUCCUGCCAGCAUUAUUCAGCUAAAGGAAGUUGUCGUUGAGAAACGAGGGCAUGAGGAGGUGGUGUUGUCAGCGGACAUGCCCCUGGUGAAGGAGGUCACCACCACCCUGAGGGAGUGGGGCAGUAUCUGGAAACAGCUGUUUGUGGCAAACAAGAAGGAGCGUGUCACCCAGGUCCAGCGCCUCAUGUGGGACUUGAUGGAAUGGCGCUCGCAGCUCCUGUCAGGCACGUUGCCUAGCGACGAGUUCAAGGAACUGAAGCAGAAAGUCACUUCCAAAAUCGACUAUGGCAACCGCAUCCUUGAGUUGGAUCUGGUCGUGCGGGAUGGUGAUGGCAACAUCUUGGACCCAGACAAGGCCAGUGUCAUCAGCCUCUUCAGAGCCCACGAGAACGCCAGCAGCAAGAUCACAGAGAGACUCAAGGAGGAGCAGUCCAACACCCAAACAGAUCAUUCCGGCAUCUCGGCCCGUAUCCAGUCGUCGCCCACUCACAGCCUCUUCGUGUUUGUCCGGAACUUCGUGUGUCGCAUCGGUGAAGACUCGGAGCUCUUCAUGUCACUCUACGACCCCCACAAGCAAUGCAUCAUCAGUGAGAACUACUUGGUGCGCUGGGGCAGUGCUGGCUUCCCCGCCGACAUUGAGAUGCUGAACAACCUGAAGGUCGUCUUUACUGACCUGGGUAAUAAGGACCUGAACAGGGAGAAGAUCUACCUGAUCUGCCAGAUCGUGCGUGUGGGGAAGAUGGACCUGAAAGAGACCAACACCAAGAAGUGCACACAGCACCUGAGAAGACCCUGUGGAGUGGCAGUGAUGGACAUCAGUGAUAUAAUUAAGGGCAAAUACGAGUCGGAGGAAGAGAAGCAGUACUUCAUCCCUUUCCACCCGGUGGUGGCAGAAAAUGACUUCCUCCACACCUUGCUGAACAAAGUCACUGCUGCGAGGGGCGACAGCGGGGGACAAGGUCUGUGGGUGACGAUGAAGGUGCUGGUGGGUGACAUCGUGCAGAUCCGUAAGGACUACCCCCACCUGGUGGACCGCAACACGGUGGUGGCCCGCAAGCUGGGCUUCCCAGAGAUCAUCAUGCCGGGGGACGUGAGGAACGACAUCUACCUGACGCUGGUGGCCGGCGACUUCGACAAGUACAACAAGACCACGCAGAAGAACGUGGAGGUCAUCAUGUGGGUGUGUGACGAGGAGGGCAAGGUGGUGCCGAAUUCCAUCUGCCUGGGGGCGGGAGACAAGCCGGCGAACGAGUACAAAUCGGUCAUCUACUAUCAGGUCAAGCAGCCCCGCUGGAUGGAGACGUUCAAGGUGUCCAUUCCCCUUGAAGAGAUGCAGCGGAUCCACCUGCGCUUCAUGUUCCGUCAUCGCUCCUCCCAAGAGUCUAAGGACAAGAGUGAGAAGAACUUUGCCAUGGCAUUUGUUCGGCUGAUGAAAGAGGACGGCACUGUGCUGCAAGACGGACUCCAUGACCUAGUGGUAUUUAAGGGUGACAGUAAGAGAAUGGAGGAUGUGAGCUCCUACCUGUCGCUGCCCUCCUCGCGCAGUCUUGGCGACGUCCACAAGGGGGCCACCCUGAUGCGCAGCUCCAGCAGUGUGGGGGGAGCCCUGUCUGUCAGCUCACGGGACAGCUUCACCAUCUCUACGCUGGUCUGCUCUACCAAGCUCACGCAGAACGUGGGUCUGUUGGGACUACUGAAGUGGAGAACUCGUCCUGAACUCCUCAAGGAGAAUCUGGAGAAACUCAAGAUAAUCGAUGGGGAGGAGAUUGUCAAGUUUCUGCAGGACACUCUGGAUGCCCUGUUCAACAUCAUGAUGGAGCACUCCCAGACAGACGACUAUGACAUCCUGGUCUUUGACGCCCUGAUCUAUAUCAUCGCCCUGAUUGCGGACCGCAAGUUCCAGCACUUCAACACCGUGCUGGAGGCUUAUAUCAAACAACACUUCAGCGCCACACUUGCCUACAAGAAGCUGAUGUCUGUGCUGAAGAAGUACAUCGAGGUGACGAGUCGCGGGGAGGAGUGUGAGGCCAUCAUCAGGACCCUCAAGGCUCUGGAGUACAUCUUCAAAUUCAUCGUACGCUCACGCAUGCUCUACUCCCAGCUCUAUGAGGGGAAGGAGCAGGCUGAGUUUGAGAAAUCGCUGCGAGGGCUUUUCGAGACCUUCAAUCACCUGAUGAGGAGCGAGUACAAGACCACGGCCCUGCAACAGGUGGCUGCCCUGAAGUACCUUCCAUCGGUUUUGCAUGAUGUGGAAACCGUCUUCGAUGCCAAGCUGCUCAGUCGUCUGCUGUAUGACUUCUACACCUGCAUCCCUAAAGGCCACCACCAGAAGCAGAAGGUGACGUCCAUGACGGAGAUCGUCAGCAGCAAACUCUUCCAGAGACAAGCGUGCCGUGACGUCCUGCUACCCAUGAUGCUUCAGGAGCUGAGUGACGCCCUGGAGCAGGUGGGCUUGGCUCCGUCUGAGGAGCACAGGGAGAGCGUGCAGCUCCUCAACAACAUCCUGGAGGUGCUGAGCCGCAGUGACGUGGGGAACACCUUCCAGCAUGUGCAGUCCAUAGUGGGCAGCCUCAUCAGGAAGAUCAACAGGGCUGUCAUCACCAUGGGACGCGAACACGCACUCAUCACUCGAGUGGUGGCAUGCAUGACAGCCAUUCUCAGCCAGAUGGAUGACCGUCACUAUUCGCAUUACAUCGAGACCUUCGCAGGAUCUGCGGAAUUGAUGGACUUCCUGAUGGAGGCCUUCUUGCUGUUUAAGGAUCUGAUUGGGAAGCAUGUGUACAACUGUGACUGGGUGGCAAUGAUCAUGGUGCAGAACAGGGUUUUCUUGCGAGCCAUCAACACCUUUGCUGACACCAUGAACCGAAAAUUCCUGGACAACAACAACUUUGAAGUGCAGCUGUGGAACAACUACUUCCACUUGGCCGUGGCCUUCAUUACGCAGGAGUCGCUGCAGCUUCAGCACUUCUCGCCCACAAAGAGAAACAAGAUCCUUGCAAAGUACGGGGACAUGAGAAGACUAAUAGGAUUCGCUAUCAGGGACAUGUGGUACAAACUUGAGCAGAAUAAGAUCCGCUUCAUCCCUGGCAUGGUGGGGCCCAUCCUGGAGAUGACUCUGAUUCCAGAGGAGGAGCUGCGCAGGGCCACCAUCCCCAUCUUCUUCGACAUGAUGCAGUGCGAAUACAGCCACUCCAAAAACUUUAAAAAGUUUGAGAAUGAGAUCAUCCUGAAGCUGGACCACGAGGUGGAGGGUGGAGGUGGAGACGACAGAUACAUGGAGCUCCUGGAGGCCAUAUUGUUGGACCUGGGUGAGCGGAACCCUCACCUGUUGACGGAGAUGAAGCACUUCGUUGGCCUGGUGACCGGCCUUCUAGAACGUCUCCUUGACUACCGCGCCGUCAGGAGCGACGACAGCCGCAACAACAAGAUGAGCUGCACCGUCAACCUGCUGAACUUCUACAAGGAUAUCAACCGAGAGGCGAUGUACAUCAGGUACCUGUACAAGUUGAGGGACCUGCAUGUGGACAUUGAGAACUACACAGAGGCGGCCUACACUCUGCUGCUGCACUCCAAGCUUCUCAAGUGGUCGGAUGACCAGUUGCCUCCUCAGCUGGAGUCCCAGGCGGUGGCCUUCUGCCAGUCCCAGCGUCACCUGAAGGAGCGGCUCUACGACACCAUCAUCGGCUACUUCGACAAGGGCAAGAUGUGGGAGGAGGCCAUCAUGCUGUGUAAGGAGUUGGCUGAGCAGUACGAGAUGGAGGUCUUCGACUACGAGCUCCUCAGCCAGACACUGAAGCAGCAGGCUGGCUUUUAUGAAAACAUCAUGAAGAUCCUGAGGCCCAAGCCAGACUACUUUGCUGUGGGCUACUAUGGAAUGGGCUACCCUCUCUUCCUCCGGAACAAGGUGUUUAUCCACCGUGGUAAGGAGUACGAGCGUCGUGAGGAUUUCCAGAACCAUCUGUUGAGUCAGUUCCCCAGCGCCAUCCGUCUCAACACCACACAGAUGCCUGACGACACCAUCAAGAGCUCCGCCAACCAGUAUAUCCAGUGUUUCACUGUGCAGCCAGUCUUGGAGAUCCCACCCCGCCUGAAGAACAAGCCUGUCCCCGACCAGAUUAUCAAUUUCUACAAGUCCAACUACGUGCAGCGUUUCCAUUACUCCAGACCUGUGAUGAAAGGAACAGUGGAUAAAAACAAUGAGUUCGCCUCUAUGUGGAUUGAGCGCACCACAUUCUGCACAGCCUACAAGCUACCUGGGAUCCUCCGCUGGUUCGAGGUCACCCAGAUGACUCACGCUACCAUCAGCCCCCUGGAGAACGCCAUCGAGACCAUGGGCAACACCAACGAGAAGAUCCUGACCAUGAUCAACCAGUACCAGGGCGACGAGACCCUUCCCAUCAACCCCCUCUCCAUGUGUCUCAACGGCAUCGUGGACCCCGCCGUCAUGGGGGGCUUCGCCAAGUACGAGACGGCCUUCUUCACAGAGGAGUACAUCCAGGGCCACCCGCAGGACAAGGAUAACCUGUCCCGCCUCAAAGACCUCAUCGCCUGGCAGGUGCCAUUGCUGGGUCGGGGCAUCAUGCUGCAUGGCAAGAGGGUGACUGAGGACCUGAGGCCCUUCCACGACCGCAUGGAGGAGUGCUUUAAACAACUCAGGAAGAAGGUGGAGGCAGAGUACGGAGCACGAGAACUGCCGGACAUGGAUGAGAGGAAGUCCACUCGUCCCCGCUCGGUGCUGCGCUCCUACCGCCAGUCCAUCAUCUCCAUCUCCUCCCUGGCCGGAUCCGAGUGCAGCACCCCCACCAAAGGGCAGCCCGACAGCUCUCUCUCAGUGGAGAUGCCGCCUCCGCCAACCCCUACCCUGCCCCCCCUGCCCCGCUCCAGCGGCAGCAUCAGCGUGAUCGACGAGGGGGGCCACGAGGUGGAGGUGCGCCUGCGCAAGUCCAAGAAGAAGAAGAAGAGGAGCAGCAUGAUCUUCAUCUCCGAGGAGAAGGAGAAGGCCAGCGACAAACGGCUGUCAAAGAAGCAAGAGUUCCGCAGUGACACCAACCUGUGUGAGCCAAACCAGGGGGUGGGUCUCUCCGCGGCCAACUCCAGGUCAAUGCCCACCAUCACAGGCCUGUCUCUGUCCGUGGCCACUGGGGGAGAUGACGGGGACUCUGCCCGCUCCAAAAGGGACGGCAAGAGCAUGUCCAUCUGUCUGACCGAGCAGAACAGAACCACGGACAGGCGCUCCAAAGGCGUCAUCAACCUCCUGUUCAAAAGCAAGAGCUCCAAGUCAGAUGAAGCAAGGAAAUCCUCCAGCGACUUGACAACUGAAAAAGACUCCAACCACUUCUAAGCCACCGCUUACGUCUUGACACUUUGUCAUAUUCAAGCACCAAGCUUUUUCCUAUAUUUCCUUUGAUUUUUUUUGCGUGGCUUCAGCUAAGCAACUGCUUGUUCAGUUUAAUGGAGUACACGUUCAGAGAAUUGAUCAUAUUCUGCAUUCAAAUACAAAGCCUUAUUAAUCCCAGAAGACAAGUGUUGUUAUGAAAGUGUGACAGGAAAUAUGUCUUGUCUCGUCUUGAUUGGUAUGUGGAGAGGUGAUCCGUCUCCAUCUGCGUAAUUUUUUGUCAGCUAUAUUUUGUCACAGAGCUUUUUACAUUCUUUACAAAAAAAUAAAUGUUGUAAUUGAACAACAA